GUGGUUCUAGACGCCAUGGUGAGUACUCCGUACGUAAAUCACAUUCGGUGAUGGGAGAGGUGACCGCAUACGUUAUCCAAAUCCCAAUCAAUCUUUGCCGUAAACGCAUGUUUCAACUGAGGUAUAGUGGCUGGAGGACCGGUUCACUUCAGGCCUGGUUUGGAUGGGACCGGGAGACCCGAGUUGCUUGGGCGCCGGAGACGCAGAAACCCCGAAUGUGAAAACCAACAAAGUUGAAACGAGGAUUGAGAACAUCAUAUUGAUGAUUUGGGGAUCUGAUGAGGUGAGGGGGACGAGGAUGGCAGGAUGCCAGGGAAAUGGGGACUAGAGAUCGGCGUAUUCAUUCAUGCCUUUAAUACUCAUUCACGUUCUUCGCAGUUUUCUUCCAUCCGUGAGGCCAACAGGACCGGAGGGGAGUAGCUGCUCGCCUCUUGCUCUUGGCCUGAGCCGUCGUGCUGAUCAAGUGUGCUUUUUAGCCAAUGUAACUCGGGACCGAGCAACUCGUCAAUAUUGCGACUUCCCAGGGUUUAUUCGACUUACACACAUAGGGCAGGUGCGCGAAUUCCUUCAAAUGUUGGUUUUCGACUCGGGAAGGAUUACACCCGCAGCGCUCGUUUAUGCAGGUGAGUUCCACCACAUACAGAAAAUUGGUUGCGAAUUGUAUCAUCCUCUCACCGUAGUAGGUACAAUCAUUAGCCGCCGGGAAGCUCGGGUCCUAGGUCGCUCCGGUGAGCGGGACCGCUAGUCUACACGAACCUUUCGGUGAUGAAGAUGAA